ACAAGAGCUGCUUGAGCUACCUUAACGAAAGCGAACGUCGUCAGACAGUGAUAACCAGCCUUUUACAUUCACGCGUGUUAUGCGUAAACGUUUGCGCGGAUCUUGCGCGUUAGAUCUCCUCCUCCGCGAGCGAAGUGGUCCGGUGGCGUGUUCGUGCGCGCGCCUCGUUUGAUUGGUCUCCAUAUUUCGUCCCGUCAUGGCGCGCGCGCUGUGGGCGGGGCCGUGGGCGGGGCUGCGGGCCGUGAGCCACAAGGCUGCGACGUCAAUAAAGCCACGUGUCUCCUCGUUAAGAUCCGCUCCUGGCCGCCACUCGCCGGUUUGGAGAGGUCUUGCGAGCGAGGCCGGAGGUCUGCGCGGGUGGACAACCAUGCCGGGCGUAAACACGGACAACCUGGACGACAAGCAGGUCCAGCUGCUCGCGGAGAUGUGCAUCCUAGUGGACGAGGGCGACAGGGAAACCGGGGCUGACAGCAAGAAGAACUGUCACCUCAACUCCAACAUCAACAACGGACUGCUGCAUCGGGCUUUCAGCGUGUUCCUGUUUAACAGUGAAGAAAAGCUGCUCUUGCAACAGCGCUCGGAUGCCAAGAUCACGUUCCCCGGAUGCUUUACCAACACCUGCUGCAGUCACCCCCUGCACUGCCCCAGGGAGCUGGAGGAGAACAGUGCCCUUGGGGUCAAGCGCGCCGCCCAAAGAAGGCUGCAGGCGGAACUGGGCAUCCCCAUGGACCAGGUGACCCCAGAGGAGAUGACCUAUUUGACCCGCAUCCACUAUAAGGCCCAAUCGGACGGCGUCUGGGGGGAGCAUGAGAUUGAUUACAUCCUGUUCCUGCAGAAGGACGUGGAGCUGCAGCCAGACCCCAACGAGGUGAAGAGUCACCGCUACGUCUCCAAGGAGGAGCUGAGGGAGGUGCUAGCGGAGGCACUGAGGGGUGAGGUGCAGAUCACGCCCUGGUUCAGCCUCAUUGCCGACACCUUCCUCUUCGACUGGUGGGACAACCUGCAGGACCUGAAGAAAUUCAUGGAUCACACGCACAUUCAUCGCAUGUGAGGCCCUCGGGGCACGCGCUUCAGAGGUCCGCUCCCCGGCCCGGGUCUUGCGCGUCGUAUCUACCGGCACGGUUCUGAGUUUACGGACUCGCCGGGUUGAUUCAGCCGGUCUUGGCUGAAUGUUUGGGUGGGGCAAAGAACCCUUAAAGGUGAAGACGCACUGUUCUGACUGGGAAUAUGAACCCACAUUCAUGGACACAGCUAGGUCAUUCGCUAAACCUCUGACUUAGUCAGCAUAUGAUAUGAAUGAAGAAUUUUAUUAUUUUUGUUGGCAUGGAACUCUAUAAACAUGUUGGCCAAUUGUGGUAACAAUUACCAAUUCUUCAGUUGUUUUAGGACUUUCUCUGGUCUCUGAAAACACACUUCACCACCCCCCCCUUGUGGGAACCCCUUCUGUGCAGGAGCUGAUGAGGUUGUCAUGGGUUUUGAUUAUAUUGUUUAGAGUUAUGGUUUUUGUUUUGGGGGUAGGUUUUUACAUACUUUUGCAGAUGAAAUAAAGGCAUUGAUUACC